GGUGUGUGUCGCUUCAUGAUCUGCAGUUAUCCGCUGGCUUUCCUGAGGUUUUGACAUUUAUCCUGAACGCGGACACACGUUUUCGUCCUUUUAGUAAUGAUUGGUGUUUGGAGACAUCACUCUGAGCGCUGUCGCUGACCAGCAUGCUCCGGGUGGGGGCGCUGCUGCGGGCCGCGCCGGGACUCCGCCGGACGGAGCUCCUCCGCGGCAGGUCGUCCUGCUGUCCUCGCCUGCUCUGCUGCGCCCCCGUGCCUGUGGCCGCCUCCAGGGGCCUGUCAGGGACUGACAGGAGCCCCGGCGAGGCCCCGGCCCCGGCCCCGGGGUGGUACGGCAGCCUGUCGGACUCGGCGCCCGUCCACCUGUGCGAGGACCUGCUGGUGAGCGUGCAGCAGCUGAGCGGGCUGCCGUGGUGGAUGAGCAUCAUGGCGGCGACGCUGACCGUCAGAACCGCCGUCACUCUGCCUCUGGCUGCGUACCAGCUGCUCAUCGUCUGCAAGGUGGAGGCGCUGCAGGCGGAGAUCUCUGAGCUGGCUAAGAGGCUUCGCUAUGAGGUGUUGGUGCGAGCCAAAGAGAGAGGCUGGACUGAAAAACAAAGCCGGUUCCAGUUUAAGAAGAAUCUGCGCCGCAUCGUCUCUCAGCUCUACAUCAGGGACAACUGUCAUCCCUUCAAAGCCAGCCUGCUGGUCUGGGUUCAGUUGCCCCUCUGGAUCAGUCUUUCUCUGGCGCUCCGGAACCUGAGCUUGAAUCAGUCGGCCCUGCAGGAGGAGCUGGCAGCAGGGGGCGCUCUGUGGUUCUCUGACCUCACGGUACCGGACUCCACCUGGAUCCUGCCCGUUUGUCUGGGUCUCACCAACCUGCUCAUUGUGGAAGUGUUUUCCCUGCAGAGAGUGGGCGUGUCUGGCGUGCAGCGGCUGGUGCUGAAUGGCAUCAGAGGGUUCUGUGUGCUGAUGAUCCCCAUCGCCGCUGUGGUUCCCUCUUCCAUGGCUCUGUACUGGUUUACCUCCAGCCUGGUGGGCUUCAGCCACAACCUCAUCCUUCGCUCUCCUGCUGUCCACAAAAUCCUUCGGCUUCCAACUCGGCGCUCAGAGACUCCAUACAGAGACCUGCUGUCUGCCUUCAUCUCCAAGUAUGGCAAAUGACGGCCUGAGUGUCUGCAGAGAGCAGCUGCAGAUGGAGCAUCCCACCUGCAGCUGCUCUGGAACCUCUGUUCUGGACAGAAAGCUGCGAGUUCACGCUGAAACGCUUGUUUGUCUCAGGAAUCACUUCUCUGUUCAAAUCCCUAUCCAGAUGUGGUCUGAAGCAGACCUCCAACGUGCCAGACUCUCAGUUCUACAAGCUCUGAGAGAUGAAGGAUCAUGGGAGAAAAGCUGCAUGGUUCUGAAGCUGAUCUGCCUGAACCAACCAAUCAGAGGCUUUCAUCAUAAUUAAACGUGGAAACUGAGGAAAAACUCUGAUCGGGAAAUGAAAUAGAGUUCAAAUUGUGGAGAAAGAUAAGUUUGAUGUGUUAACAGACAUGUCUAUAAACAAAAGUUUUGCUUUUUUGGUUUGUUUUUGACUAGAAAUGUCUUUUUUGACUUGGUGUUUUGUUUUUGCUACACUGGUUUGGGUCAGGUCCUUUAACAGAAAUGUUCCUCCUCUUUUGACAAAAACACCACAAACUGUGUUUUCAAAGAGAUGAAUCCACCAGCAAAUCUGUUUUUUCUGAAGGAAGUACAGACUUUGUCUUUGCUCAGCUCAGAACGAUUGUUGCACUUGGGGUAAAAUUUGGAGUGGAAGUUGUCUUGAACCCAUGUGUGCAGUUACAAUAAAAUCUAAUCUAAUAUGUGUGACAGCCGUUUAA